GGGGCCACGUUCCAACUGUGUUCCAUUCUGACAGAGCGCAGUCGUUACCGAAGUCUUUGUCUGUUUGAUUCUUGCCAAAUUGAAAUCUUUUUAAUAAACAAUGAGAAUAUUUUUAUUAGUGGGUCUUGCGGUAUCAGUCUUCUGUUCGAGUAGCAAUGCUGACGAUAAAAGAGGUCCGAAAGUAACAGACAAGGUAUGGUUUGAUAUUAGUAUCGGUGGUCAUCCAGAAGGGAGAAUUGAAAUUGGUCUGUUUGGAAAAACUGUUCCAAAAACAGUGAAGAAUUUCAUGGAAUUGGCUAAGAAACCCCAAGGAGAAGGAUAUAAGGGUAGCAAAUUUCAUAGAGUCAUCCGUGAGUUUAUGAUCCAAGGAGGAGACUUUACAAAAGGAGAUGGAACUGGAGGACAUAGCAUUUAUGGAAAUCGUUUUGAAGAUGAAAACUUCAAACUGAAGCAUUAUGGUGCUGGAUGGUUAUCUAUGGCAAAUGCUGGAAAAGACACCAAUGGUUCUCAGUUUUUCAUUACUGUCAAGCAAACACCAUGGCUCGAUGGUAGACAUGUUGUUUUUGGGAAAGUAAUUAAAGGCAUGGAUAUAGUACGAAAAAUUGAAAAUAUAAGUACUGAUACUCGUGAUAAACCAACCAAGGAUGUUGUAAUUGCUGAUUGUGGAGCAGAAGUUGUAGCAGAACCAUUUAGCGUAUCAAAAGAAGAUGCUUCUGACUAAAUACAAUAUUUAUAAUUUACUUUCAGAGAAAAGACUAACUGUUUAAACUAAAUAGAUAACUUUAUAUACUCUGAUGCAA